UCUUCAAUUUAAAUAUAGCUCAGACUUUGUCCAGUACUAUGAUAUAUUUUAAGAUUAUAAUCACCACGAUAUACACCCUGAAUCCAAGUUGAUUAGUAAACUUACCUAAUGUAGUUGCUAUAGUUAAGUACAUUUAUUAUUUUAUCUACUGAAUAAAUGGUAAAGGUAAUAGAUAUGAUGAUAGAAAUCAUACUGAGAAACAUCAACAUCCGGAAUCAUACUUCCAAAUAAACUCAUUCUUUCUCUUAUUUUGGUAAACAUUAUCUUUCCUUUUUUCCCCUAAAACGUUUGUUGUAAACUCUAAAAAGGUGUAGAUUUUUUUCCAACGAAAGAAAAUAAGAAUCAAAUGUCAAAACUUUUAUAUCCACUGUAUUAAACUCACAGUUAUAAAGUUCUCCGACCACAACCCACCUAAAUCAUUAUAGAGUACCUAGUUAAAAUUAUUGUUUUUUUGUUCUAUUUUUGUUUGUAUUCAGACACCGAGUAGUCAAGUAAGUAUAUAUAAGAGAAGCAUGAGGCAUGAACAGAGUUUAUAAGAUUAAUAGAAAAAUGUUAACUAACCGGAACCGACCACAUAAAUAAAUAAUUCUUGCCUCCCAACGCUUUUAUUAAAACUUUUGUACCAACGAUACCUUUUGAAUAUUUAAUUUCUCAGUCAAUACUCGCCGAACAAGUUUUGCUUUUUCUCUCUCCUCAAAAUCUCCAUUCACAUUUUUGCUCUAUAAAUAUGCAUCUCACUUGUUGUCUCUCUCUUUAUACUUGAACCAACAUCUCUCUCUCUCUCUCUCUCUCUCUCUCUCUCUCUCUCUCUCUCUCUCUCUCUCUCUCUCUCUCUCUCUAACAUAGUGGCCUCCAUUAAUGGCGACCAACAUAUUCACUCAAAGCCCUAACUACUCUCCAUUUCUCAUUGGAGAAAAAAUUCCUCAACAGAAACACAAUCUUGGCCACAUCUCUCUCUCAGACAAAACCUCUAAUAAAAAGCUUGUAAUCUCUUCUUCUAUAAUGGCCCCUCCGAUUCCAUCUUCUUCUUCACUCUCUCCUCCUUCUUCUUCUUCUAUGGUGGCUCAUCUUCCUCGAGCACCACCAGCAUCAUCUCUGCCGUUGUCUCGAGUAUGGAGAGAGAUACAAGGAAGCAAUAACUGGGAAAAUCUAAUUGACCCUCUAAGCCCUAUUCUCCAACAAGAGAUCACUCGCUACGGGAACUUACUCUCCGCUUCUUACAAAGGUUUUGAUCUAAACCCUAGCUCCAAACGUUACUUGAACUGCAAGUAUGGCAAGAAAAGCCUGCUUAAAGAAUCCGGAAUCUAUGACCCUGAUGGCUACCAAGUCACCAAGUACAUCUACGCCACGCCAGACAUCAACAUCAACCCUAUCCAGAACGAGCCUAAUCGCGCACGUUGGAUAGGGUACGUAGCGGUUUCCUCUGAUGACUCGGUGAAACGUUUGGGGAGGAGGGAUAUUGUGGUGACGUUUCGUGGGACUGUGACCAACCCUGAGUGGAUGGCUAACCUAAUGAGCUCCUUAACUCCAGCUAGGCUUGACCCUCAUAACCCUCGUCCUGAUGUCAAGGUUGAAUCUGGCUUCUUGAGUUUAUACACAUCCAGCGAGAGUGAAAGCAAGUUCGGGCUAGAAAGCUGUCGUGAGCAGCUUCUCUCCGAGAUAUCGAGGCUUGUCAACAAGUACAAAGACGAGGACAUGAGCAUAACGCUUGCGGGGCAUAGUAUGGGGAGCUCUCUAGCUCACCUUCUAGCUUACGACAUAGCAGAACUCGGCUUGAACAAGAGAAGAGGCGAAAAAGAUGUUCCGGUAACUGUAUUCUCAUUCGCGGGUCCAAGGGUUGGUAACUUGGGGUUUAAGAAAAGAUGUGAGGAGUUAGGAGUUAAAGUCUUGAGGAUCACUAAUGUAAAUGAUCCGAUCACGAAACUCCCUGGUUUCUUGUUCAACGAGAAUUUUAGGGCGUUAGGUGGAGUUUACGAGCUUCCUUGGAGCUGUUCUUGCUACACUCACGUGGGAGUUGAACUCACGCUCGAUUUCUUCGACGUUCAAAACAUUUCUUGUGUCCACGACCUCGACACUUACAUCAGUUUAGUGAACCGUCCGAGAAGCUCAAAGUCUACGGUUGCAGAAGACAAUUUUGGUAGCAACUUUUUCAACAAAACAAGUCAGAUGAUGUUCCCUAAAGGACAACGUCGAGCGUUGCGGUUAAGAAACGCAGCGACCAAAGCGGCGUAUCUAAUUGGGUCUGUAUCCAAUCAUAUGAUGUAUUGUAAUAUAUUUUAGGUCUAGAAAUUUGAUCGAAGGUAAAAAUUUUGGGUC